AUGCAACCUUCUCCUCCUACUAUUGCUCUGCACUUGCAGCGCAGAUCGACUGCCUUAACUGGUUUCGCUGCAGUCACUUAUGGCAAAGGACAGGACAAAGUCUUUGGCCUAGCACAAUGCAGAGGAGAUGUGAGCAGCAAAGACUGCUUCAAUUGUAUCCAAGAUGCAGCAAAGCAAAUCCGUGAAGUCUGUCCAGACCAGGCUGAUGCCAGGAUUUGGUUCGAUUGCUGCUUUUUACAGUAUGACAACAUAAAUUUUAUUGGAAGAGUUGAUACAGACUUCAGCAUAUUCUACUUUAAUAUGGAGGAAGCAACUGAAUUUGAAGACUUCCAUGAUGAGCUAGCGGCUCUGACAGAUCAGAUAAGAGCAGAAGCUUUUUUCCUGGGAAUUGAGUGCUGGGAAAGGGUGAAAAGAAACUAA